AUGUCGACGUGGGCGGUCAUGGCGUUCCUGCUCCCUGUCAUUGCGGCGGCGUUGCAGCUGCAGCCCGUGGCCCGCGCGGCGGCGCUAGGGUCCCUCGGCGCUGGCGUUAAGCUGCACCAAGAUCAACACCAGGUGGUGGUAGACAACGGCAUGGUGCAGGUGGCGGUGUCCAAACCGCAGGGCCAGAUCGUCGGCAUCCGCUAUGUCGACGAGAGUAACCUCCUCUACUUCAACAACAACGAGAUAUCAGGCGGGUAUUGGGAUGUAGUAUGGAACUUUUCAGGAUCGGAUUAUCCGAGGGGCAUGAACGACAUGUACAUAUCCUCAGUUCCUCACUGCCAGUUGGACGGUACAGAGUUGAGGGUGGUGUCUGCGAGCGAGGAGCAAGUGGAGCUCUCCUUCAUGAGCACCUACGAUCCAUCACGCCUCAACAGCGUCCCGCUCAACGUCGACAAGAGGCUGGUGAUGCUGAGAGGCGGCUCCGGGUUCUACUGCUACGCCAUCUUCGAGCACGCCGGCGACUGGCCAGCCAUCGACGUCUCGGAGGCCCGGCUCGUCUUCAAGCUCGACCCCACGACGUUCAACUACAUGGCGGUCUCGGACGGCAUCCAGAGGUACAUGCCGGGGCCGGCCGACCGGGACGCGCCCCGUGCCGUGCCGCUGGCGUACAAGGAGGCCGUGCUGCUCGUGAACCCGUCGGAGCCGCAGUUCGCGGGGGAGGUCGAUGACAAGUACCAGUACUCCAUGGACAACAAGGACAACCGUGUCCACGGCUGGAUCGCCGGCGCCGGUGGUGGUGGCGGCGGCGGCGAUCGGGUGCCCGUGGGGUUCUGGGUGGUCACCCCUAGCAACGAGUUCAAGAGCGGCGGCCCCCUCAAGCGCGAGCUCACCUCCCACACCGGUCCCACCUCGUUGACUAUGUUCAUGGGGACUCAUUACAUCGGGAACGACAUGAUGGCGAAGAUCGAGGCCGGCGAGCACUGGAAGAAGGUCAUGGGGCCGGUGUUCAUCUACCUCAACUCCAACCCACAGCACGGACCGUUGUGGGAGGACGCCAAGGCACAGGCAGAGGUGGAGGCGAGCAAAUGGCCGUACAGCUUCCCGGAGUCGCCGGACUUCCACAAGGCAGGCGAGAGGGGCUUCGUCACCGGCAGGUUGCUGGUCAGAGACAGGUACACGGGUGCCGGUGUGGACGUGCCCGCCCGGCUGGCCUGCGUCGGCCUCGCCGCUCCGGGUCAGCCCGGCUCAUGGGCGACGGAGAGCAAGGGCUACCAGUUCUGGACGAGGGCGUCGGCGACCGACGGCACGUUCGCCAUUGGCAACGUCCGGGCAGGGGAGUACAACCUCUACGCCUGGGUCCCGGGGGUCCUCGGCGACUACAUGCGCACGGCUCCGGUGACGGUGGUGCCCGGCGACGCCGUUGCCCUCGGGGACCUCGUGUUCGAACCACUGCGAUCGGGGCCGACGCUGUGGGAGAUCGGCGUGCCGGACCGGAGCGCCGCCGAGUUCUUCAUCCCUGAACCCAACCCCAGGUACCUCAGCAAGCUGUUUGUCGCCAGGGACAGGUACAGGCAGUACGGGCUGUGGGAGCGCUACUCGGAGCUGUACCCCGCCGGCGACCCCGUCUUCACCGUCGGCGUGAGCAACCACUCCAAGGACUGGUUCUUCGCGCAUGUCACAAGGAAGACGGGCAACGGCGAGAACGCACCGACGACGCGGCGGAUCCGGUUCAACCUGCCUCGCGUCGCCGCCGGCGGCACCUACACGCUGCGCAUCGCCCUCGCGGCGGCGCAUAUGUCCAAGCUGAAGGUGCAGGUGAACGGGGCGACGGCGCAGGGGUCGACUGGAGGAGUGUUGGUGACGCCCGUGUUCGGCGACGACAACGCGAUCGCGCGGCACGGCGAGCACGGCAGGUGGUGGAGCUUCGAGUUCCCGAUCGACGGGCGCCUGCUCGUGCAAGGGGAGAACACAAUCAGCAUCACGCAGGCGAGGGCGCUCAGCGUGUUCGUGGGAGUCAUGUACGAUUACAUCCGGCUAGAAGGGCCCUCUGGUUGGGAUUAUUCUGGCGUGACAAAUAGUGCUGGUCUAGGCAAAAUAUUGCCUCCUGGCCCGCAAAAUCGUUGGCUUCUCGUGCUGCCAACGUUGGUAUACUUCCUGUUAAGCAAGUGAUACGGUCCAAGUCCUUGGAUCUAUCAUGCUUUCUCUUUUCCUUUUUGUUUUUCUCGUGCAAUUGUACUAGAAGGAAAGGGAAAUCAAAAUGUUAGACCAGCGUUAGCGGUCGGCCGACCGAUCUGAGACAGUUGUGUGGU